AGAUACUGAAAAAAAAUGUUCGUCAUAGAAGACCAAAUCGAAGACGCUUAUUUGCUCAUAAAGAUGUUCCUUCAAGUAAUAAUAAGAAUUUUGACUUUGUGGUUGAUCCAAGGAAGCACUUUUUUGGAAAAGUCAAUGUUCCAUAUUCAUUUUCUGUUUGUGCAAAUAUUAGGAGAAUUCUAUCGAAGGAUCAGUUUGUCAAGCUUAAGGAUAAUUGCUUUGGUAUUUUUUUUUUGAUUUUGAUAGCGCUCUUAUGCAACAUCAGUUGAUACAUUCUUUGAUGUUAAGGGAGGUUUAUUUUUCAGAUGAUAAAGAGUUGUGGUUUGAUAUUUGUAGUAGGAAAAUGAGAUUUAGUAUGUAUGAGUUUGUUAUUCUUACUGGAUUGUGUUGUUUCGGGGAUGAAUCUGAUUAUGCUGAAUUCUGCCAUUCUAGUAGUUUUUGUGAUAAAUAUUUCAAAGAUGAAUCUAAGGUUAGUAGAAGAGUUAUUGAGAAAAAGUUUAUGUCUCGUUGUUGGGAAAAUGAUAAUGAGGACGCUGUGAAGUUUGCUAAGAUAUAUUUGAUUCAGUGUCUUCUAUUAUCUACUCAUCCUGAAACUAGAGUUGAGAUGAAGCUUGUACAUUUGAUUGACUGUGAGAGAUUUGAUGAAUUUCCUUGGGGCAGAUAUAUCUUUGAAAAAACAGUAGGUGCUUUAAAGCAUAAGCUAGUUGGUGUGAGUUCAGAGGAUUACCAAAACAACGGUUAUUUUUACAGAUUAAGCGGAUUUCCGUAUAUUAUUCAGAUAUGGUUUUAUGAGUGCUUGGUUCGUGUACCCGACUUUCUUGUCAAGUUAACCAAAUCUGAAGUGUCUCCUCGUAUGCUACGUUGGAAACCAAAUGACGUAUCGGACUUAAAGGAUGUGGACUACAAACUUUUCAAAGAUAGCAUGAUGAAGGUUUCAAUGAAGAACAUAGAAGCUACUGAAGAUGAAGUAUCGGGUUUAGAUUUUGGUGGGUUAGGUCCUCAACCUGAUGAGAAUGAAUUAGGUUUUAACGACUCAGUUGCUGCCAAAAAUGUUAUUGGUGAGGAGAAUGUCGAUGGAGGUGGUGGUGUUCCUAUUCAUAAUCUUGUGCAGUCAUUAUGUUCAAAGUUUUUUAAGGACUUUAAAGCUGAUAUUGUUCGCGAUUUGAAGGCGUAUGUGGACAGUAAAUUUGAAGUUUUAAAGAAAGAUAUUUCAUCGCUUGAGAAAAGAGUUGAUUUAAUUGAAAAUUUAAAGUUUCAAACGGAGGAUGAUGAGAAGACUGAAUCUGAUGAUGAUACGAUAUUUGUGUUGAAAAAGAAAAAUGAUACAAAAGAGCAUGUUGAAGUUACUGAAUUUAAUAAGGAAGCUGAUAUUCAAGAUGAUGUACAAAUCGAGAAGAACUCUCGUGAUGGUUUAGCUGAUAUGAGCAAUGAGAAGGUAAAUUUUAUAUUUAAUACUUUUAUAAACUGUUGUAUUCAUUUUGAUCUUAAUUUCCCUAAUACUUACGAGAAAGAAAUUGAUUCUAUUACUCAUGAGAUGAUUAAUGAUCAAAGUGAAGCUGUUGGUGAUGUAAAUGAGAGUACUGUUGCUGUUGUUCUAGAAAAAGUUAAUGAUCAAACUGAUGUUAUCGGUGUUGAAAAUGAGAGUACUAUUGAUGAGGCUCUAGAAAAAGAGAAUGUUCAAACUGAUUCUCUUGGUGUUGUUAAUGAGAGUACUGUUGAUGUGGCUCUAGAAAAAGUGAAUGUUCUAGAGGGCGAUAAUGCGUCGGAAAAACCUCUUCCCGCUACAUCUUCUUUUCUGGAAAAUCUUGAUGGAAAAUACAUUGAUGCUGCUGUAACUGCAGCUGAAUUACAAAAUUUAGUUGAUACAGCAUCAUAUGUACCUAAAAAGGUUACAAAAUAUCAACGCAAGAGAAAGGUUAAUCCUUCAAGUGUGCUGAAAUCUCCAUUCAAAUGUUUUGAUACACCUGAAAAAAUUAAGAAUAUGGGCAAUGUAUUUAGAGAUCAUUGUCCACUAACUGUUGAAAAUGUUGGAGAGAAGCAUAAUCUUGAUUGGGAGGCGGAGUUUUACAAUUGGGUAGAGAUUGACAUCGUUGAUUUGCCGACUAAGAACGUAAAGGGAAAAAAGAAAAGAAAGUUGGUUCCAACUAUGUCUCUUGGUGGCGAAUGCGUUUCAAAGAAGGAUUUCUUUUACAAACUCUCUGAAAGUGGUUGCUAUUUGGAGUCUGAUCAUAUUGAUAUUCUCUUUGGAUAUUUGCGGAAGAAAUGUUCUAUAUUAUGGAAUGGCUAUACUGUCCUUGGCAUCGCCUUUGACGCAUUUGUUCAAGCAACAUAUAAAUCUUUGUUGGAGGGCAAGGAAAUAGGGGAUUGGAUGUUGAUGGAAAGGAGUAAGAUCAUUUUAUUCUGGCGAGAAUGGACUUUGACCACCGUUGCUUCUACGUCUACAAUUCCUUAUCCUCUGAUUUCUACAAUUGUAUUGCUAUGA